CAUUCCACUAAUUUAGCAGAAAGGGAGGAGAGAGAGAGGUGGAGAGAGCCUGGCAGUGUGUUGGUGAGCCGAUGGGGGACCGUGAGGCAGGAGGACUCUGCAGUAUCUGACCUGAAAAAAGGAAAACACCGCCGCUGCUGCUGCUGCUGCUGCUGAGAAAACCUACAACACCCAAACGCACCGGGCCGUGCGGGUUUUUCCUGCUUCAGGUGUGCGAUGAGGUGAAAGAAAAAACAAACCCUCCUAACGUCGAUCAUUCAUCCGCCGUUUAUCCCCGAGAUCUCACGGAGGAAUCCGCCGCUGUCCCGGUACGCUUCACUGAGGAGACACCGGAGAGCUGCAGAGGCACCGGGGGGGACGGCAAGAGCUCCGUUUGGGGUUCGUAUCUCCGGGUUUUCCGCCUUCAGACCGAGCGCUCGGUCCCGGAGCGGAGGAGCGGCCGGGGGCCACACGGAGCAGGUUCCUGGGAGUGUUCUUGUGUUAAAGGGGUUAAUAUCGCGGUGCGGUGAUAUCCGAGAGAGACGGGACACUAGCGCCCACCUCCGCCACCCACGCAUCCACCUGCGCCUCCACAAAUGGGUUAAACAUCGGGUUGUUCUUGCAGAGCAGCCUUCAGAGCCUCGGAGGGUCCGUCACACCUGUUCACACCUGCGCACCCCGAGCUGAGGGGGCUCCGUGAUGUAGGAGCCACCGCCCCCCCCCCUCCCCCCCUCACCUCUGCAUCCCCAUCCUUUAAAUCCACGCACCAGCGUAUCUGCACCCCCCCCAACCACCACCUCCACCCAGCGUCCCACCAUGCCGGCGGGGAUGAAACCGCUGGAGAAGUUCCUGAAGAAGCAGACCACGGCGCUGACCCGGGCCGGGGGCUUUGUUGGCGGGGUGGCGGACAAGGCCAGCGGGGGCACCGGUGCGUCCCGCCGGAGGGCCAGCCUGUCCCGGGUCGUACCCUUCUUCAGGGAGACGUCACCGGAGAGCGGCCAGGCCAGGGAGGUGUUCAGCCCCGACAGCGAGGACCCCCCCUCCUGGCCCUCAGCCGCAGGGACCGGUCUGGUGACGGUGCCCAGCAGCGCUAACGGCUCCGGUUCUGGAGGAGGAGACGUGCGCAGUCCGUCUCUGUCCAGCGACGAGCAGAGCUCCGAGGCGAGCCUGAUCACAGAGACCAGCAGCGGGGGAGGAGGAGGAGGAGGAGGAGGAGGAGGAGGGACGCCUCUUCCUCCCGACACACCGGACAACCUGACCCUCGCUGUGCUGGACUGCGUGGCGGGAAAACGUCACACACACUGCACAGGUAAGAAGACGCAGAGCUUUUCUGUUUGUGUUUCUGCAACAUGGCCGCCAGUUGAGGUCAAAAGAUGAGACUCCUGCAGGAUCUGUUGGUGCCGUAUGAAGCUCAUGAUGCUGAUGUUGGUAAAUAGUCUGCCUGUUUUGGAAUAGAGGAUACGUCUGGUGAUGUUCUGCGUAUUUCUGAAUGUGGACAAAUCGUUGAAGGGAAACUUUAACGGUGAAACAUUUUGGGAAACAUCAGUCCAACAGGGCUACAAUUCUUGUUUCCCUUCAAAGUUCGUCCACUAAAGUUCUUGUUUUUGCCGCUGACAGGCUCAGACUGCUUUUACCAGUGUCUGACAGCACUACUGAAAGGAUCCCUGCAGAGAGAGACCUUUUAUUAAAGAGUAAGAUCCUUUUUGUUUAACCAGAAACCGUCGCUGUAUCGCUCUGGUUAAAGCCGCCAGGCUCCACUGAUAAAAGCAGCACUGGUCUCCCGCUGCCUCGAUUGGUUAGUUUGGUAGACCAGAGAGGUAAAAUUACUGUUUCUGUCAACACAGUGGAUGCUUCAGUCCUUGUUACGUAACCUGUAACUCCAACAUAUAUUGUAGUGACCUAAUGAUGUGAGCUGGACAUGCUAACAUUAGCAUUUUACAAACACUGUUUAAUCCAUUCUUUAAGGUUUUGCUUGUGUUUCUGGUUUUGGAAACUAAAAAUAGAAAUCCUAAAAACCAAAACUGUUUUACUUUCUUACUGAAAAGUCAAAAUCUUAGAGCGGCAAUUUCAUCUGGGGUAAAAAGAUCAGUCGAUUAGUCGCUAGACAGAAAAUCAAUCGGCAAGUAGUUUGAUUAAUCGCUCUCUGGUGUCAGUUUCUCCAGCGUCUGGAUUUUACAUCUCCAAUAAACCCUGACAGUCAGCAGAUUGACUGAUAAUGAGGAUAAUUGUUAGUUGCAGCCGUAGAUUUCACAUUUGGAAGGCUGAAGACGUGUCUCGUGCAAAGAGUGCUGCUGCGGGAGAAAUGAGGGGAGCUGAUUGAUUUUGACAUUUUAGGACUCGUCCUCGGCGUCUCGGCUCCAGUUCAGGCGCUCUGCUCUCUGUUCCUGUGAGGAAAUAUUGUCUCUGAUUGAGAUUCAGAGCUGAAACGAGUCCACGUUCAGCCUGUUUCCUGCAGGUUUAUUCUUUAUAUCAUGCAGACUGUUCCUGCAGCCUCAGAGUGAGUGUGUGUGUGUGUGUGUGGUUACAUAAUCGCUGCCGUCCUCUUUCAGAAACGCAGCCUGCUUAUUACGGGUGAAGUGGGUGUGCAUGCAUGCGUGUACAUAUGCAGGAAUGUUGUAUGCCUUUGUGUGUGUGUGUGUACAGUGAUUGCUGCUGUUAGCGGCUGCAGGGUGUGUUUGUGUCCACGUUUCAUUGGGUCUGUGAAUUGUAUUUUUCCAGAAACACAAAUUUAAAAAGCAACAAUA